UGACGGUCUGUGCACGUUAAUGCUCUGAGACCGUGACAAGACAGCCAUGCGAAAACGAGACAACGACCCUGACAAAAUCCAUCAUGGCGAGCGAGCACGGGGUUGUUGUUGACGCUCUCCCUUAUUUUGACAAAGGUUACGAUGAGCCUGGAGUGAAAGAAGCGGCUCUUGCCUUGGUAGAUGAAGAGACCAGAAGAUAUCGUCCAACUAAGAACUACCUGGAUUACCUGACCACACCUAACUACAGUGCUUUUGAGGUAACUUUUGUGAGAGAAAUGAAGGAUGAUUACCUGUUUAUUGUUUGCUUAUUAAUAAUUAUCUUCAUUUUUCACCAAGUCAAAUUGGAUAUAAGGGGAAGCUGGGUAGGCCUUGUAAGCAAGAACUACGAGAUAGAGCGGGCAUUGGUUGAGCUGGAAUUAGAGGUUCAGGAACUGGAGAGGCAAACAGAAGAAGAAAAAAGGAAGAGGUAGCAUAAAGACAAAAGGUGGCAGCACCUGUCUGGUGUUAAAUAGACAAUAGAUGGCAGCACCUGUCUAGUGUUAAAUAGAUGGCACAGAGCCCAACGGAGAAGGAUGAAAGCUGGACACAUCUUUUUUUUCUAAAGCAAAAUAUUGCCCACUUCUUAGUUUAAGUUAAGAGAAAGAUUGACAGAAGUAAAGGAGCAAUGGAUUGAACCACUGUUGUGGUGGAACUGUUGAUAUCAUAUGGCUUACAUGGAUUAAGAAAACAUGAGAGAUAAAGCAAGGCAUUUGUUUGUGAGGAGAUGACAAAGCCCCACACAUAUGCUGCCGUCCAUUGGGAUUUGUACAAACAAGACUGAAGAAGGAUAAAUGAUGAAUAUAAAACUUCUUCUGUACAUUUUUUAGAAAUAUUUUGUCAACAUUAUUUUAUUAAUUUAUUAUAACUGUCAUUUUUGUACAUUUUUUAACUUUUUUUUUCUUUUUAUAGCUAAAUGAAUAAAAUGAAAAGGAAUUAAGUUUUUAUGAAAGGUGAAUUAUAUUUCAACAGUGUCAUUAAA